GAUUUACGUUUAGAUAAUGUGACUGCGUAUGACUUUAUACUGCAUCCAGUCGAGGGACUCUGGUUCGGAGUUUAAGGGUUUUGAAGAGUGUGGAAUCAUCUAUCAGCCAUUAUUAUUCCCAGGUCUUCUCUGAGCCGGAAAAGUAGCACCUGUCAAGGUCCCAGUUACAUGUUAAAUAACAUAUAACUUACCCGAGCCAGGGUACGUUGAAAUCACAGGAUGCGGCAUGGUGGAUGUGAACUAUUUUGACAAAUGAACUUAUUGAAACAAUGGCGAAUAUCUCUGUUCCGAGAAAGUCGACCGACCUAGAUGGUAGAUGAUGGAUGAGAGAAUAUAUGACCGAAAGAUCAGUUAGUUAACAUCUUCAAGAGAUCACUCAUAAGCUUAAUCUAUCUUAAGAUGUAAUACAAUUGCUUGCUGACUGGCGUUUUGGUACCCACAAGUAGGUGAUCAGUUUCCACCAGAAAACGCAGUACCCAUUCACGGCUAUUUUGUAAACUGAAGCAGGUAGAAUCGAAUUUCCAGUUACACGCUGUAUUUAAUUUACAACGAAUUAGAACCCAAGUGUCAUGACUUUGUGACCCAUUAUCGUAUUUUCUGUGUCAUACAAUUACAUACUCUGAUCCCGAAAUGCAUAAUACUAGCAACAAAUUUUAAUUGAUGACCCGUAAUUUAAUAGUUCAAUACCUUAUUCACCACAUUAUACGACAUACAAAAUCAUUAUCCAUAAUUCCUAGUUGUGGAUGCAGUCGUGAAACAUUAAUUUCUCAACAAACUUAAUCAAAGAUCCGGUUUCCAUUCCCAUGUGGAACUAAUACUAGAAAUGCUUGUAAAAAAAAAAUUCCUUAUUACAAAAUCAAAGUCAACAUAUCAAUAUCCACAAUCAUUAUUAAUCCCAUUUUCGAAAACAACUAAAUUUAUUGCAGCUACCCGGAAUAAAGUUCAAUGUUUGACUUUUAUUCUAGCACCGUUUGAAAUGCGCGGGAGUCGAGAAAGUAAAUGACGCAGUUUACAAGUUUUCAAGGAUUUGAAUAAAAGAAAAUAGCUUCAAAAUGGACCUGGACAUUACACAAGCUAUCACUUUCAGUGAUGUAGAAGAUGAUGCUGAGAAAAUUAAACUUCCGGUGGCACAUCUGACAAUCCUGAAUCAUCAAACUUUGAAAAAUAAAACGUUUCCUAUUUUCAGAGGAAAGAACAUUAUUGGCCGACAUGAACAUUCCUGUGAAGUCUGCAUUCCAGUUAAGUCACUGUCCAAGAAACACGCUUGUAUAGAAGUCGCAGGCCGUUCCCACUUACUCUAUGAUAUGAGCAGCCGCAAUAAGUCUCGGAGAGGAACUCUUUUCCUAACCCCUGAGGUGCGAUAUGAACUGAAACAUAAAGAUACGCUGAUCUUUGCUGAUGUUAGCUGUCAAUACGCUAUUGAAGAGAUUGCUCGUGCAUCAGAUUCUGGCUCUGACACUGAGUCAAUGUCAGAUUUGGAAGACAACUUGGACGAAAUCUCUACAAAUACUCCUACAAUGUUGAAAUCUAAUAUUUCAUUGCAACUGGAAGACUCUAAUAGUAGUUCCAGCAGUGACAUUCUCCUCCCAACACAGGAUUUCCCAGUUCAUGAGUUAACCAAGCAUUCAAGCCAGGUCUUGGCAGAUAUGUCUCCAGAGAAAGCUGAAGUACUUGCUGUAGAUUCCAGUCCAGAGAUCCAAGGGGAAUCAUCUUAUCUCAAAGAUAGAAUAUUUUUCCAGAAUAACGCUAACAAGGAAGUUAAUAUUGAUGCAGAAAUACUUGCAGCUGCUACACAGGCUUAUGUUGCUGAUUCUGAUGAUGAUGAUGAUGAAUCUAAAUCCGAAGUGUAUGAUGCAGAAAACCCCAUAGCCUUUGUUGCUGAUACACAGUCACCCCUACAGUCUCAGAAAUCAAACCAUAUGCCUGAAGAUUUGCCAAAGGAACCAAAUAAACCCAAGCUAAACUCUUCCCGAUCUUCUCCAUCUCAAAGUGCUUGUGGCGAUUCUGAGGGAUUUAAACUGAAGUCUUCAUCUGAAAUACCUGUUAAUACUAAACCAGAAGAGAAAGUAGAUUAUGAUCUCUUUUUUAUGUCCACCUAUAAGAACGACAUUGAAAUAUCUGAUGAAGAAUUGCCUCCUGCAAGUCAGUCACCCGUGAAAAAGCCAGUUACCAGCACAGCUCAAGGAACUCUUCCUGCAAUAUUACAGAUGUCAGAGGCACCUGUAAACCAGGAUGCAAAUGAAUCAUUAAAUUCUGCUAACAAAUCACCUGAAAGCAAGCUAUCAUCCACCAUUAACAAGUCUACUGUAUCUAGUCCUGUCAUGGAUACAGUUCCUGUGGGAAGUUUUCAAAAACUUGCAUCGCCUGUAGAUAAAACCGACAAGGCACCUUCUAACACAAGCACUCCUGUGAAAGAAACUGUGCCUCUGUCGAGCACGUUGAUGGAGACUGUUGAAGUUGUGGAACAUGUGGAAUGUGUAAGUCCAAAAAAGCAACCACAAGUUGCUGAGCCAUUGGAAACAGUAGCUAUUGAAACAUUCUCUAAAACAUUGUGUGUUCAGGAUGAUGAAGCUGAUACAAGUUCUCCAGCAAAAAAUCACUCAACCAUAACCAAUCGAAAUUUAUCUUUGGUCAGCAGCCCCAAAGUUCAUGCUUUGACUGAAUGUAGUGAAAAUUUCAGUUUAGAUGCAACACAGCCAUAUGCGUUAGACAGUAGCAUUAGUUCACCAAAUAUUAAGAAGCUGUCAGCAUCUACACCUAAAACUUCUGUUGGUGAUAAAACACAGCCUUUACAGCAAAGCUGUGGUCUUGAUAUAGAGGUGGCAAAUGACAGUGUUGGUGUUAUGAAAGAUAGUACUCCUGUGAAAACUAAACAAUCUGAAUCACCUGUUGAAACUCCUAAAAGAUCAAGAGCACAUAGUAUUUCCUCUGAUGAAGAAUCGGUAACUGAUGAACCAAACAUUAAAGACAAACCUAUCUUGGAAGGUGAUAGCAAUGACCAACCAAAGGACCUUCAGGAAAACAUCCCCAGUUCUGUUAAUACAUUGUCUGGGGACAUUUUUGCCUCUAGUAAAUCAUCACAGACUGCCUCAUCUUCUACCCCUAAUGUUACUGGGACAAAGUAUUCUGGUGAAUCAAACACAGCUUCAUUAGAAUCAUUAGUUCCUGCUGUGGAAGAACAGACAGAUUUAGAGACCAAGGCAUCAGAAAAAUCUAAUGAAUCUCAGGUGACAGUUGUCAGUACGAGCAAAGCUGCUGAGGAGGAACUUGCUGUUGGAUUAGAAGAUAAUGAAACCAUUUAUGACAUUGAGGAAGAUAUUAUUAAGAGAUCUAAAAGACUUAAAAAGGAUGAUACUCCCACUCCAGCCUCACAAGAGGGCAAAAGACUUCCUAGAAAUACUAGAAAAAGUACUAAAUCUACCGAUACACCCUCAGAACUUGUAGAAAUUCCAGAAGUACAAAGUAGUGGAAAACGGUCACUGAGAAAUCAUCCAGAAAGUAUUGAUUCCCAUUCUAAGGAUAAGAAAUCAAAAGUCAGGAAAUCUAUCAGAUUUGAUCUUCCUGAUGAGGAAGACAGUUCAGAGGAGGAGAAUUAUUCAGUCAGGAGCGUGAAACGGUCAUCAAAUAGAUCUAAGAAAAGUUCUGCAGAUAUAAAAGAUGUCAAAGCUAAUAAAAAGUUGUCUAAAGGCUCGGAUUCGAAAUUGGCAGAUGUAAAGAAUGAAGAAUGUUCUGAAGACAGCAAAAUGGAAGUGAAAUCAAAAACUGGGAGAGGAAGAAGAACGAAAAUGGUUAAAAGUGCGAUUGAGAGUGAAAUGGAGGCUGAUGAGGAUUUUGUAGAAAAGAAAAGUUUAAGAACUAAAGAAAUAACUGUUGAAGAGACUGAGAAUAUUUCUCUAGAGGUGAAAGAAGAGAAUAUUGGUGACAUAUCAGUGUUGUCUGAAAAUGCAGAUGAUUCUAGAAAAAGUGGGAGAGGUUUGAGAGGAAAAUCUAAGCAGAAUAAAGAGAAAACACAGGAAGAAAUAAGUGAUUCUUUAAAUACAAGUAAAACAAAUCAGCAUGUCGAUACCGUGAGUGAAGAUUCUAAAGUCACUCGUAAAAGUGGGAGAGCAUCACGGAGUAAAUCCGUGAAAGAGGAGAAAGAACCACCAGAUGGAAGUGCAUUGGAGACGAGCAACAAUAAUACUCCGAGUAGCAGAGGGAGGAGUACUCGAGGUGCAAAGAAAGAAGUUGCUGAAGUGAAAAGUAAAAAGGGUGGAAGAGUAUCUUCGAAGAAGUCUUUAGAUUCAAAUAAACAAAUUGAGGAGGAACCUUGCCAGAAAAGUUCCAGUGAAGAAACCAAAAGUGUAAAUCAGAAAGAAGACAUGGAAGUAGAUGAAGAGGAUGACUCGAAGACCAAAUCAAAUAUUGAAGAAGAAAACACAGAAGAAAAGAAAAAUUCUCAAAGUCGGACUCCAAGAAACAAGAGAAAAAAAUCUGAGGAAGAUGGAGAUAGUAAAACCUCUGGAAAGAACUCUAAGAAAAAGAAAAUAGCUUCCAAUGAAGAAACAGAAUCGUCUCAAAAUAGUUCCUGUUCUUUAAAACAAGAAAAUGUUUCUGCUUCAAAAGAUCAUGCUGAGAAUUUGAAUCUGAGUUCAGAUGUGUCAGCUGAUACCACCACACCCUCGAAAACUACCCCAGCAAAGAGAACUCUCUCUAAAAGACAGUUAAGUCAUUUGCAGGAUACGAAAGAGGAGACUUCUGAAAUACAAGAAAUGAAGACACCCGCUAAAAGGAGGGACAAUGAAAGAACUGCUAGUCAAUCAAAUAAUGAGAGUAGUAACAUGGCCACUCCUAAGCAUCUCAAGUCCAACCAGUUUAUAUCUCCCAGGAGAAGCAAUGGACAAUUAAAGCCCAAUGUCAUGUUUACUGGUUUGACAGAUGAUAAGGGUCAAAGGAUUGUUACAGAACUUGGCGGGAUUGUUGGGACCAACUUUAAUUACUGUACUCACCUCAUCACUGACAAGGUCCGCCGAACUGUGAAAUUCUUGUGUUGCCUGGCACGUGGUAUUCCAAUCAUCUCAUUAUCUUGGUUGAUUAAAUGCAAAUCUGCCAAGACGUUCAUUGAUUACGCUCCAUAUAUUUUAUCGGAUUCUGAUGCUGAAAAACAAUACAGUUUCUCCUUAAGCCAGUCUCUUGAACUUGCUCGAAGUUUGUCACCACUAAAGGGAUACAAGAUACAUGUUACCAAAUCUGUUAAACCUAGUGCUGAACAGAUGAAAGAAAUUAUUGAGAGUUGCAAAGCCAAGUUUUUAGUAAAACUUCCCACAGAGUUUAAAGAAGAAACCAUUGUGAUUUCCUGUGAAGAUGACAAGUCUUCGUGUGAGAAAGCCAUCCAAGCUGGCAUCCCAAUAGUGGAAGCUGAGUUCCUGUUGACUGGAAUACUGCAACAAGAUUUAACAAUAGACAAAUAUCAGAUCUUUCAUACAUCAUCAACCAGUGAAAAAUUCAAACAGCCUGCUCCUACAGAGAAGAAAUCCAGAACCACAAGAAAAAGCAAGAAAUGAUGGGAAAAAUCUGAAUGAAUCCUUAAAACAGAAAGCAAAAACUCCACACAUAUUUCAUUUGGUCUUUUAUUCCGUCUAUAUUCAGUUGUCUCUGAAUUAAUGUAUCUUCUGGCAACUGAAUUCAUUUACUGACAGAACUAUUCUAGAAUUUGUAAUGUCAUUGUUAGUAAUUAAAAUUAUCAGCUGACAGCUGAUGGUUUCAUAGACAGCAUACUGAGAUUGAGUUGACUGUACUUACAGGUACAAUCAUCUUAAUAUGAAGAUGGUUCUAUCAAAUCUCUAAUCUCACUUACCAUUAAACACAUACAAACACACACAUAUAAUAUAUACACUAUAUUCCAUAGUCUAGUGUCAAAAUAAUCAUCAUUUUCUUUACAUGGUUUUUUUAUUGGGAUAUUUCCAAAUCUAUCCUAAAUUUUAUAUCAGUUCCUAUACUGUAAUGAAUUGCAAUUGGCUGUGACCUCCAAAAGACAAUGUUUUUAUUUUGUUGCUUUUUAUGACUUGCUGCUGUUGUUAUUAUCCAUACUUGGGGUUAGGGUGAAUCUGGGUUUGUUAUCUUCAAUUUCAUUUGAACUUAAAGAUAUUCCAGAAGGAGUUUAAAUUAUUUUGAAGAUUGUCAUCAUAGAUAUUGUUGUUGUUGAUUAAUCAAUUAUGGUGGUGUUGAUUAAAUAAACUACAUGCUAUCUUUAAAUUUUA